AUGGAGGCCAAGCACUCGGUCCCCCGGCGCACCAUCGCCGGCAUCUCAGUAAUCGACACCCCCCUAGUACGCGCCGCACAACAGUACGCCCGUGAACACGGCAACGACGAGCUGUACAAGCAUGUCAUGCGCUCGUGGCUCUGGGGCGUGCUGGUUCUACAGCACAAUUCUACCCUGGCAGCGUCCGUCGACGAGGAGGUUCACGCCCUGGCUGCCCUGUUCCAUGACCUUGGCCUGGACCCUACGGGGGAAUUGGUUAGUACGGACAGGAGGUUCGAGGUUGAUGGGGCCAUUGCCGCCCGUGAAUUCAUCCGGACUCAUGCUCAUAGCUAUGGGAAUGGGAGUGGAAGGGGAGGGAGGGGGAGGCGGUGGGAUGAGCGCCGGGUGCAGUUAGUUUGGGAUGCCAUUGCUCUCCACAGCGAACAGCGGAUUGCGCUGUUCAAGGAGGACGAGGUGGUGUUGCUUAGUCACGGGGUGGUUAUGGACUUUACGGGGCCAAAUCCUGCGCUGGGGGUGGAGCAGGGGGAGUAUGAUGCUGUGCUGGAGGAGUUUCCGAAGGUGAAUCUCACUGGGGGGUGGGUUGAGACGAUGCAAUGGCUGUGUCGGACUAAGCCUGCUACUACUUACGAGACGUUUAUGCAAGGAUACGGAGACGAGUAUGUUCCGGGGUAUAGUGCCGUCGGUCAUAGAAUGGUUGAUAGGAUUGUGUUGGGGUGAGGCCACAACCGAGGGUGAGACCGUGAGUAAUCAUAUAUAAAAGGGGCUCUGCAAGGGCAUUGUGUGAGACGACUGU